UGUGCUGCACCCCCUUACAUCCCAAGGAGACGGUCUCCAUUGGCUGUGUGGAGCGGACACCAGAUCCACCAUGGGGAUCAAGGCUGGCCUCCCCAGAUAUGAGCUGUAUCUCUACACUGCUGUACUCUCUGGGGCGUUGGCAUGGGCUGCCAGUUGGAUAGUUGAGGCUUCAAGUGAGAACAUCAGCAGAAAGGCAUUCAAAGAAAGUAUAAAACCAGGAUGGUAUUACUUCGGAAGGAAAAUGGAUGUUGCAGACUUUGAAUGGGUGAUGUGGUUCUCAACAUUCCGCAAUCAGAUCCUUUUUGUUCUCACCGGUCAUGUGAUUUUUGCCAAGAUCUUCACCUUGCUGGCCCAAAAGAUUGGUGUAGAUGGAUGUAAGCACCGAUCACUCAUCUUCUGUGUGUACGGUGGUUUGGCGGUAUUGGUCACCAUGGGCUGGACCUUCAUGGCUUUAGUUCUCUCUCACUGCAUCAUACUGUACAGUAUUGCCAUGACUAAGAUGAAAUGGAUGUGCUACGCUGCAGGCCUGGCCACACUAGCUUCCAUCAAGAUGGAGCCCUAUAACUCCUGGCAGGAAACAUUGGUGACUGGCUCUUUCGACCUGCAAGACAUCCUCUUUUAUGGAGGUUGCGGCUUCACCAUCAUGCGCUGUAUGAGCUUUGCUUUGGAGAACUGUGAGAGGAAGGAUGGUAACUACACUUUCUGUGACCUGCUGAAAUACAACUUCUACCUCCCCUUCUUCUUCUUUGGACCUGUUAUGACUUUUGACAAGUAUCACACCCAGGCAAACAAGGCCAAGCUAACGCGCAAGGAAAGAGAGAUUUGGAACAUCACUACCAAGGCUGUGUUGCACCUGGCAAUAAUUCUCACAGUGGAUGUUUUCUUCCACUACCUCUACAUUUUGACAAUCCCCAGUGACAUGAAGCUGGUGACCAAACUUUCUGACUGGUGUCUAGCUGGACUGGCUUACUCCAACCUGGUGUAUGACUGGUUAAAAUCAGCCGUGAUGUUUGGAGUGAUUAACACCGUGGCAACACUGGACCACCUAGACCCUCCUCAGCCUCCAAAGUGUAUCACAAUGCUGUAUGUCUUUGCUGAGACGCAUUUUGACAGAGGCAUCAAUGACUGGCUAUGCAAGUAUGUUUAUGACUACAUUGGUGGAGAUCAUGAUAAAGUCUUCAAAGAGCUCCUGGCCACCACGAGCACCUUUGCUAUCACCACCCUAUGGCUUGGCCCAUCGGAACUGGUUUAUAUCUGGUCCUUUUUUAACUGCUUUGGCCUCAAUUUUGAGCUUUGGGUGGGAAAGUUCUUCUCUCUUCCACCAUUUUCUACCAUAGAGGGUUUUAUGGGUGAAGCCAUGUCACGUAGGAUCCGAGGAUUGUUCAACGCUGCCAAUUUCUGGGCCAUCAUCCUCUACAAUGUUCUUUCCCUGAACAGUUUGGAAUUUGCCAAACUGGUUGGAAGAAGAUUGAUUUUCAAAGGUUUUCCCCUGUCUACACUGUCGGUGUUAUCAGUGACCUACUGUGGAGUACAGCUUGUCAAAGAGCAUGAACGACAGCGAGCACUGCUGGAGGAUGUGCAGCGAGUUAAACCACUAGAUGGUGGCAAAGAAAAGGCAGAAUAAACUGACGUCCAAGUCAAUGCUCCCAAACAUUUGAUACAUCUGCAGCCUUCAAAACACAACCGGACUCCAACAGCCGGGUUGUGACUUAGAGUAGGUUGGUGACAAUACAGUGUAUUUGCUAUCGUUGGUCAGAAGAUUCACAAAGUGCACUUCCAGGUGACAAUUAUCACCAUCUUUGGCACAAAGUCCCAAAUAUUGUCGAGUGUAUGCAAAUUACACAGUAUUUACAGGAACAACCACUCAGAGUUUGUAGUUGUUUUCAGUUAUAAUUUACUUCCCUCAAAUUCAAGCAUCUCUUUAGUUAUAAAUAUGACAAAAAAAUCUGAGGGCUUAUACUUGGUGGGAAAGUGUCUUACACUUUAACCAAACACAAUGUUUUAAGGGCUAAACGUGACAGUAUGUUACCACUAAUGGAUUGCAAUGGAAGCAAGAAUAAAACAAACGGUGCUGUGGAGUCGUCCACACCGCAUGCAGCUAAUUCUACUUUGUUGUAUUUGUUCCAGAGACUCAAGGCAUGAUACAGGCCAUAAUGCUUAGUAAUAUCGACCAAGAAUGUGUUGGAUCUUGUUGAAUGUGAAGUGUCCCCACUGGCAAAAGACAGCCACUGUUAUGAAAAUGGGAACUGAUUGUCGGAGUGACUUUUCUGCAAUCUCUUCCUUCUUUUUGCACUUAGCAAUGAAAGGCAUUGUUGCCUUUUGCACCUGACCCCAAAGUCUGCUUUUC